AUGCAAGCCCUGCGGGAGAACCGCAGGGCGGUCUUCUGGUCCAUCAUGAUCUCCCUGUCGAUUAUCAUGGAGGGUUACGACACCAUUCUCAUCGGCAAUUUCUUUGCUUAUCCCGAGUUCGCCAAGAAGUUUGGGCAGGACUAUGGAGGCACCACCGGCUGGCAGGUCUCGGCCUCGUGGCAGACGGGGUUGAACAUGGCCAGCACGGUUGGUGGUAUUUUCGGCGGUCUCAUGAACGGAUACUUUGCCUCCAAGUUUGGCUACCGUUGGGUCCUGAUCAUAUCCAUGGGAUUCCUGAACGGCUUCAUCUUUGUCGUCUUCUUCGCCCCCAAUGCUGCUGCCCUGGUAGGCGGCCAGAUACUUUGCGGACUCUGCUGGGGUGUCUUUGCGACGCUCAGUCCCGCAUACGCUUCCGAGGUCUGCCCUACUAACCUGCGUGGCUACAUGACCACUUACGUGAACCUCUGCUGGGCCAUUGGUCAGCUCCUAGCCAGCGGUGUUCUUCGAGGCUGCCUUCCCAUCGUGGGCGAGAUGGCGUAUAAGAUUCCCUUCGCCGUCCAGUGGAUCUGGCCGGUUCCUCUCAUGAUUAUUGCGUACCUUGCUCCGGAAAGCCCUUGGUAUCUCGUUCGCACAGACCGGCUCGACGAAGCAAAGAAGUCUAUCAUGAGGCUUAGUGGGGACAAGACGGAUGAGCAGGUGGACGCACAGCUGGCCAUGAUGGUGCAUACGACCAGACUUGAGGCUGAGGUUACCAAGGGCGCCAGCUAUCUCGACUGUUUCCGCGGUGUUGAUCGUCGCCGCUCUGAGAUCUGCAUGCUAGCUUUCAUGGGCCAAAUCUUGUCAGGGAGCAGUUUCGCGUAUACUCCGACCUAUUUCUUCACCACUGCUGGCAUGGAGACGUACAAUGCCUUUAAUCUCAGCCUCGGUGCCAAGGGGAUGGCCUUCUUGGGAACUGUCUGUUCUUGGUGGCUCAUCACAUAUUUUGGCCGACGAACGAUCUAUGUGACGGGAAUGGCCAUCCUCACAGUUAUUUUAUUUAUCAUCGGCAUCCUCGACGUCUCGGCCAGCUCGAGGGGACUCUGGCCGUCGGGCGGGCUGUGCGUCUUCUGGCUCUUCACCUACUCCCUCACCAUCGGGCCGCUGGCGUACAGCAUCAUUUCGGAGACAUCGAGCGUGCGGCUGCGGCCGCUCUCGGUCGUACUCGCCCGCACCGCCUACCAGAUCACCAAUAUUGUGUCCCAGGUACUGUACAGCUACAUGCAGAACCCGACCGCGUGGAACUUCAAGGGAAAGUCGGGCUUCUUCUGGGGCGGCACCGCGUUCCUUAUCUUUGUCUGGGCCUACUUCCGCCUGCCCGAGAUCAAGGGCCGCACGUACGAGGAACUGGAUAUCCUGUUUGCAAACAAGACGCCGGCGCGCAAGUUUGCCGAGUCGCACGUCGACGCGUAUGCUCAGUCGGGUUCAGCUGCGGAGCAUACGCAUGCUCAAGAAAAGUAA